CUACAUCUUCCUAAAAUCCAAACGCUUUAACUAAUCUGUUUGUCAAAACCAUGUCCUUGUAGGUCGCACUCACAAUUCGUAGACAUAUUAUUUUCAAUAAAACCUUUCUAACUCCACCAAUAUAUAUAGACCCACAUUUCCCUUUGGCUCAUAAACCAAACUCAAAGCUUCUCUUAUCAUCAAACAAGAUCAAGAUAUCUUAACUUUAGCCAUUAAUUCAAAGUUUUUUUUUCUUUCUAAUACUCGAAAUGGCUUUCUUAAGGAGUUUUUUCGCUACCAAGCAUAUCAUUCGCCGGUCUUUUACUACGGAAUCAUUAUCAACGCCUAAAGGGUUCUUUGCUGUGUAUGUUGGAGAAAAUCUGAAGAAGAAGAGAUAUCUUGUUCCGGUUUGUUACUUGAACAAGCCAUCUUUCCAAGCUUUGCUUAGGAAAGCAGAAGAAGAGUUCGGUUUUAAUCAUCCAACGGGCGGUUUGAGUUUACCAUGCGACGAAGCUUUCUUCUUCACUGUCACUUCUCAGAUUCGUUAAUCCCAUACAAUAAUUAAAGUCUUUUUUACAUUCUCUUAUUUAUAGAAGAAAAUACACAUUGUACAUACUAUACUUUUAUAUACAUACUGAUGAGAAGAAUAAUUCAACGAACAUCUUUUGCUUUCGUUUUCUAUAUUUACUUAGUCCGUAACUCCAUUUAUCAGCCACGAAAGGCUUAAAUAUUAUUAUAGGCUCUCCACUUUAGUAUUUUCAUCAAGGCUAGUUAUACUCUCUGAGUUUAGCCAAAUCGGAAAUACAAACAAACCCGCUAAAGAAUAUAUUUCAAACCGCUAAAAAGUAAAACAACAUUUGUAAUGUCUAAUGUUAUUC